AUUACCAACACCGUCGCUUUCAGGCAUGAGGCGCAUACUCAGUACGAUUACACUGAGGAAUAUUUGCUUUAUUGAAGGAAAUCUGCCCUGUCGUGCCUCUCGGACAGCGGGGCUGCAGCACCAUUUUACCCCGACAUACUGCACCAGCACCAGCAUGGACCUGAGUAACAUGAGGAAGACGUACAAAGGAGAUCAGGAGUGCUUUGAGGAGAGCCAGCUCGUGUCUCUCGACCCCAUCAAGCAGUUUGGAAACUGGUUCGAUGAAGCCACCAAGUGUCCUGAAAUAGGAGAGGCCAAUGCUAUGUGCCUCGCCACUGCCACCAAGGAUGGACGCCCGUCCGCUCGUGUGGUCCUCUUGAAAGGUUACAGCAGCGAAGGUUUCCGCUUCUUCACCAACUAUGAGAGCAGGAAGGGCUGCGAGCUGGAGAGCAAUCCAUAUGCGUGUCUGGUCUUCUACUGGGAACCUCUGAACAAACAGAUUCGUAUUGAAGGCACAGUGGAGCGAGUCCCCUACCAGAGCUCUUGCGAUUACUUCCACUCCCGACCAAAGAGCAGCCAGAUCGGGGCUGUCGUGAGCCGACAAAGCACUCGUAUCCCCAACAGAGACUAUCUGAGGCAGAAAAAUGCAGAACUAGAAGAGAAGUACAAGGACACGGAGGUGCCUAUGCCCGACUACUGGGGCGGCUACGUCGUAAAGCCUUUUUCCAUCGAGUUCUGGCAGGGACAGACAAACAGGCUUCACGACCGUAUCGUCUUCACCAAGCUGAAGGACGGAGAGUCGGAGCUGGGGGAGUUUCAGCGCGCCGCAGAGGGAGGCUGGGCGUACCAGCGACUGUCCCCAUGAGAAGCACUUCAGCAGCCUCUCACAGGAAGCAAAGAGCAGAUUUCAUGUUGUCCAGAUUUAAAGAAAUCACCAUCUUUACCUCACAUUAAAACCUAACUGAUGGAAACCAUUUGAUGUUAAAUAGGUGCUUAUGUGUGCUGUGUAAGGUUACUGCCAAACAUCACUGUGUUGCCUUUAAACUGAACCACGUGUGUAGCCGUGGAUGCCUGGAGCAGUGUGAUGCAACCUGACGCUUUAUAAUGGGAAAAAGUGCCCUGGCUGGAAAAUGCAGAGCAGACUUUACCCACUCACAGUAAUCAUUCACAGCAUGACUGCGCUUGUUUAACAGAGCUGUCUGUGACCUUUAGGACAGGAAGCACAAUCUGGACCACUCAUUGUUAACGCUUAGAAUCUGAGCUGCAGCGUUUCUCCAUUGGUGCAGCUUCAUGUGGUCCAAUGUCGUCUUUACAGUAGUAAAGAUGCAGUAUAUAACUGUACUAAUCAUCAUAUAUGGGAAAUGGAGACAGCUGUUUGAGUUUAGCACAUUAAGUUUAUCGAUUUCUUUGAAAGAAGGAACC